AUGUUCAUGCCAAAAGCACAUCGUGUCGCCAUCUACGAGUACCUCUUCAAGGAGGGUGUGCUGGUAGCACAGAAAGAUUUCUAUGCUCCGAAGCACCCGGAGCUAGAGAACAUCCCGAACCUGCACGUAAUCAAGACGAUGCAAUCGCUCAAGUCGAAGAACUUCGUGAAGGAGCAGUUCGCCUGGCGCCACUACUACUGGUAUCUAACCAACGAGGGCAUUGAGUAUCUGCGGGCCUACCUGCAUCUGCCGGCCGAAAUCGUUCCGUCGACGUUGAAGCGAGCGGCCCGUUCGGAACCGCAACGUGCCCGAACCCAGGCUGGACCCCGUCCGGAAGGUCCGAAGACUGGCGAGGAUAGACAGGCGUACAGGCGCAUGCAGCAGGCGGCUCCAGCUGACAAGAAGGGUGACGUCGGUGUCGGUGCCGGCGAGCUAGAAUACCGUGGUGGAUUCGGUCGCGGUAAUCGUAUGUAA